UGCCCUGGCAUCAAAGAGAUCUACACCAGCUUGGCGGUGGAAGGUAAACUAGCAGCAGACGGCCUUGUCUCCGCCAUACCCAUCGCCCUCAACACCCUGAGCUCUGAGAACUGCUCCAGGGGUGCUGUUGAACACACCUACCAUGGGAGGUACAAGAAGCACCCCACAACGGCUGAAGCCUGGGGCUACAGCUUUGGGUUCGCCUCCCUAAUCAUCCUCAUCUCCAACAUCGGCGCCUGCCUGGGACCGAUCAUGGAGCGCCGGUUCUUCAAACGUCUGCUGCAGUUUCUGGUUGCCAUGGGAGCCGGGUCGCUGGCCUCCACCAGUCUUCUGGUGCUUCUUCCAGAGUCCUUCGACAUUAUCGCCAUUGAAGAGCUGGGUAACGCGUAUAUAUGGAAAGCAUCAGUGGCCAUCAUUUCAAUUUACGUCUUCUUUAGCCUGGAGAGGAUCUUGAAAACAGUUUUGUACAAAAGAAAGCUAGAGGACGCCGAUGUCUCGUUCACCGUGUCAACUCAAGAAAAUGGCGUCAACGUGCCACUGACGGAAAAAAAGCAACUGACGGAGAAGAACGAGCAUGCGCACUCGCAUCUACCGAAUGAAGAUAUGGGGGCUAAAAUGACGCUGGCAUGGAUGGUGAUGGCAGGGGACGUAAUCCACAAUUUUGUGGACGGGUUAUCCAUCGGCGCGGCUUUUACUGAAGAUAUUACACUGGGCAUUAGCAUUUCUUUGGCUAUUAUAUGCGAGGAACUACCCCAUGAACUAGCUGAUAUAGCGAUACUGCUCCAUUCUGGUUUGUCCAUCAAAAAAUCUUUGUUCAUCAACUUCCUGUCUGCCUGCGUAUGCCUGGUUGGGCUGGUCAUUGGCGUGUUCCUAGGCAGCAAUAUAGCUGAAGCCAGCAAGUGGAUCUUCGCUAUAGCUGGCGGGCUUUUUCUUUAUGUACCGUUAGUAGAUAUGCUGCCGGACAUGAGUAACCAUCUGGACACGUUGUUGGCGCGCGGAGGUCACGAGGCCAAGGUCGUCGCCGUCCUGCACGCGGCUGGACUCCUCAUCGGUGCCGGCAUCAUCAUCUUCAUCGUCAACAUCAGCUCUUUCAUCGUCGUGGAAUAAAAUGUGUGAUAACCCGGGCU